UGGAGAGAAACUGUGGACCUUGCAACCAAGUAACUGAUUAACGGCUAGAAUAUGAUUAAGAGCAGCAGCAUGGGAAUGGCUGUUCUGGGAGGAGGACUCGGAGGAGCUUGGCCGCCUUCUUGUUUAGCUUACUCCUCUUUCUUUGGGCAUCCUCCGUCUCUUCCCCCCCUAAACCUCAACCUCAAAUCCCCAAACAACCAAAAGUCUCCUCCUCCUCCUCGUUUUGGUGUAUGCAAAGCUUCAUGGCAAGAGCUUGUGGGAGUUGUGGUAUUCUCUGCCAUUCCAUUCACGGCCGUGAAAGCCAUAGCCAAUAGCGCACUCGGACAGUCUCUGCAGAAGCGGUUGGAGGAAAGGAAGAAACUUGCUGCGGAGAAUUCUUCCACCUUUAGGGCCUCCGCCCAAAUCGCACGAAAACGCAGCUUGUGGUACGGAGAAGGGCGUCCCCGUUGGCUUGGCCCAAUUCCAUAUGAUUAUCCUGCAUAUCUUACUGGAGAACUACCUGGGGAUUAUGGUUUUGAUGUUAUAGGUCUGAGCAAGGAUCCUGUUGCUUUCCAAAAGUAUUUUAACUUUGAAAUACUCCAUGCUCGUUGGGCUAUGCUAGCUGCCCUUGGUGCUUUGGUUCCUGAAAUAUUAGAUCUGUUAGGAGCCUUUCAUUUUGUUGAACCAGUAUGGUGGCGAGUUGGCUAUUCAAAACUUAAGGGAGACACACUAGACUACCUUGGUAUCCCGGGGCUCCAUGUAGCAGGAAGCCAAGGAGUGAUUGUCAUAGCCAUAUGCCAAGUUCUCCUGAUGGUUGGACCUGAAUAUGCAAGGUAUUGUGGGAUUGAAGCAUUAGAGCCUUUGGGAAUAUACCUGCCAGGCGAUGUUAAUUACCCGGGAGGAGAGCUUUUUGAUCCCUUGAACCUCGCCAAAGACCCCGUAGCCUUUGAGGAGCUGAAGGUGAAGGAGAUAAAAAAUGGGCGCCUAGCUAUGGUGGCCUGGUUAGGCUUCUACAGUCAAGCUGCUUUGACAGGUAAAGGUCCUGUUCACAACUUGCUUGAACACAUUUCAGACCCCUUACACAAUAAUGUGUUUACACUACUCAAAUCAAUGUAAAUCUUGUUUGGAUUGUACACUAUAUUUGCACCUACGUUGCCAAUGUACAUCUUAUCUGCAACUCCAAGCGACUGUAAAAAAAACGACGACUAUUGUAUGAGUCAUCAAAUUUAAAUUUUACGUUUUGCAGUUGA